CAAAAUAAAAUGAACCUUUUGGGUGUUUUUUUGUUGUUUUUACCUUUUGAACCUCAGAAGAUCUAGUUUCUCACAUUUUCAGAUCCUUAAGCUUUUUGAUUAUUGCUCUAACUAUAGCUAUAGUUAGGUAAGAAACUAUUGCAUUGGAGCCAUUUCUUGACUUCUGAAGGCCAACCAACGUCCACUUGGUGCAAAUGUUUGGGGCGCUCUCCCGGUGGACUGCAGUGUGGAGGCAGCCGGCUGGAGGAGGAGCAGAAGGUGGAGGAGGAGGAGAGCCGCUGCUAUUGGUUCCUGCCUCCUUAUAAAUGCAGCCAAAUGGCAUUUACCGGCACAGAGCAAGGCGGAGACAGCAGAGAGACAGCAGUACUGGGAGUCACCCACUCUACGCCUCAACAGUCAGGACUGGACUCGUGUUUGGACCUGCGCGAUCAAUGAAGGAGAGACGGCCGUGUCAGAAGUCCUCUCUGAAAUCCGGCAUGGAUCCCAGUCAGAGUGUGAAGUGUAAGAUCGUGGUGGUGGGGGACAGCCAGUGUGGGAAGACCGCGCUGCUUCACGUGUUCGCCAAGGACUGCUUCCCUGAGAGCUACGUCCCCACAGUGUUUGAAAACUACACGGCCAGUUUUGAGAUCGAAACGCAGCGGAUCGAGCUGAGCUUGUGGGACACGUCAGGAUCUCCGUACUACGACAACGUGAGGCCCCUGUCCUACCCAGACUCGGACGCAGUCCUCAUCUGUUUCGACAUCAGCCGGCCCGAAACCCUCGACAGCGUAUUAAAAAAGUGGAAAGGGGAGAUCCAGGAGUUUUGUCCCAACACCAAGAUGCUGUUAGUUGGCUGCAAGUCGGACCUGCGCACCGACCUCGGUACCCUAGUAGAGCUGUCCAAUCACCGACAAACCCCAGUUUCCUAUGACCAGGGCUCCAACAUGGCCAAGCAGAUCUCUGCGCCUUACAUCGAGUGUUCGGCCCAGCAGUCGGAAAACAGCGUCAGGGACAUUUUUCACGUAGCCACGCUGGCCUGCAUCAACAAGAACAGCAAAAACGCCAAACGAAGCAAGACUGUUCGCGCCAACAAGAGGAUUUCACACAUGCCCAGUCGGCCUGACCUGGCAGCCGUCUCCACGGAUCUCCGGAAGGACAAAGCCAAAAGUUGCUCGGUCAUGUGACUUCUCAGACUGGUGGGAGGGGGGUAUCAGACUAAAGAAAAUGAGGACAGCGCAUUAGUGCAAGCAGGGAGCUUAGGGACAAAGCCCUGUCCUGCAUGCUAAAAAACCCUUAUUUGUCUGGAAAGGGGUUUUUUUCUAAGCUUCAGUUCGUAUAAGUGUUACUGGAAUAUUCUGCUCCAAUGAGAACUCGUUGAGUAAUUGUGUCCCAGUCGAUGUACCCCCACCUCAGCUACCACCAGUCCCACCAGAGGAGGAAGCUAUCAGUCAGCUGGCUAUCAGUUCUGGGAGGAGACCCGCUUCCUCUGAGGACGAAGCGGAUGCAGUCAAGGCUUUCCUCACCAACAGGAAAUGAGCAGGAGGAGUGAUGUCAUUAAGAGACCAUCACAUGUAAAGGGUUUUAGAACAUGCAAUCUUUUGAGCACGAGCCAAAGCUACGGCAGGCUGUGGCCUAUGAAGGUAUUUUUUAAAAAAAGUGCAGGUUCAAAGACUUAUUUAAGGCUUUCAACUCAUCACUGUGGUUUGGAACUGAUUCACUUUUACCUCUGCUCCUGUUACUGUCGGUGUGUGUGCAGAGGAGUCCCUGUUUCUGAUACUGUUGUUAGUUAAAUGUGAAGUUGUUGGUGUGCAACUGCAUCUUUGUUUCUACUCUGAUUCUGUUGGUUUCAUCCUCACUCUUCCGAUGGUUGCAUUCAGUCGCCUCAACCAACAGUUUCUGAAGUAAGAUUGAAGGUUUUAAACCUUCAAACCAUUAUGUAGCAAGAGAAAACAAAGUAUUGUCCAAAAAUCUCAACUUCCUGGAGUUUAGCUUACCCCACAGGUUCUACAUGUCUCUCAGGGGUCUCAAACUCCAGUCCUCGAGGGCAGAGUCCUGCAGUUUUUAGAUGUGCCACAGGUACAAAAACGCUGGAAUGAAAUGGCUUAAUUACCUCCCCCUUGUGUAGAUAAGUUCUCCAGAGCCUUGCUAAUGACCUAAUUAUUUUAUUCAGGUGGUGCAGCAGAGGCACAUCUAAAAGUUGCAGGACUGCGGCCCUCAAGGACUGGAAUUUGAGACCCCUACUAGAAGGAGGUAAAACUUUGAAAUUGCUAAUGUGUUCAUAACCAGCAACUCUCAAACUAAAAUCCAAACAGGAUUUUUUCUGGAUUUUAUUCCAGGGUUAAAUUUGUAAGCAGUAAACUUUUCUUAGCCUUUUAGUCAUAAAGCUAAUGUGUCACUCAUUAGCUAAUCUAGGCUAAAUAACAAAAUGGCUGCUGCAGCGAGCAAUCUGCUGAGUUGGUUAGCAUCUUAUUUCAGAUCAUUUUCCCAGUAUAAUCUACGUGACCAUUGCUCAAAAUUAAAAUAUUCUUGUUGCAUAUUUGAAUCAAGAACUAUAUUAUCUAAUUAGCUCAUUUGAUUUUACUCCAAACUCAAAUUCAGACAAAAAAAAACUACAAGUCAAAAUGGAGGAAGGAGAUGUAGCCAUGUAUAUGUGUUGAACCACUGAACCUUUAUCCAAAAAUAUAAAGGUGAACCCAACAAUUCUUGAGUGGUAAAGUUCCAUUAGCAUGUUUACCAAUGAGCUAAUUAGCUAGUUAGCUAGAUUGUUGGCUACAAUUGAAUUUCAGCAAACUGUACAUGUGCCAGAGGGAUUCCUCUAAAUGCAAAUAAUCCUGAUUACAAAUGAUAGGAUUGUUGCGUCUUAGCUGUUAGCUAGCAUAUGCCAACUUUCAUCAAUUAGCCACUGUGACUUUUUUUUUUAUUUUGAAUAUAUUUUGCAAUAUGUUUCACUUGGAACUAGGAAGGCUAGACUGUUUCCAGGCAGUAACAAACUGUUAGCAUCUAAGCUAAGCUAGUUGGCUGACUUAUUAGCUAACUAGUCCAUUUCAGCUGUUCUCCACUGUAAGUGUGCAGCCAAAUUUGUCGAAAUGUUAGCUGGCUUGCUAAAAUGUAUUAGCUGGUAUCAUUUCCUACUCAAACAUUACUCAAAUAAUUUAAUAAUUUGGACUUUUUUGUUUGAAUGGUCUGAAAUAUUUGCUGUUUAAUUAAAUAUCAAUCGUUGUUAAAGGCAUUGAUGCACUUUUAAUUGAAGUAACUGCCAUUAAAGUUUUUCUUAUCUGUGCUGUCUCAUUCUGCAGCACUCAAACUCUUAUCCUCAUGUUCCAACCUGUCCUAUCUGUGUACGCUCAUGUUUUCUUGAAUGUUGUCACCUUCAAAAUGUCUUUUGCCAAUGUUAUUGCCACAAUAUUUAUUGAAUUAUAUAUUUUCCCUUUUAGAAUAAAUAAAACAAAUUAAAAUA